AUGGUGUGGACCAAGAAGGCUGUAGGCACCGGCAGGGCAAAUUUCCCGGUACAGUAUGACCUCAGCGGCAGGGUGGAGGUUAUCGUGAAGGGCUCCAAGACGCAGUUCAUUGGAGACUGUGCCUUCUUCCUGUUGCGAACUUCUUGGACGAAAUUUCUCUGUUGUCUCGUGGGGGCGUACUUGAUCUUGAUUCUGGGCUUUGCGCUGAUUUACUUGGCCGAGGCGGAUGGCAUGAUAUGUCUAAUCAAGGAUGAGCCGUGUGACUUCUGGGACGCGUUGAACCUCUCCGUCCACAGCAUGUCCACCAUCGGCUUUGGUUCAAUCGUCCCGCAGUCUGCUCUUGCACACUCAGCAGUUGCCGUGGAAUUUUGGAUUGCAGUUCUCAUGGGUGCUGGAGCCGGAGGUCUGCUUUUCUCCCGGGUCAGCACCGCCAGCAGUCGAGUUGCUUUCUCCGACGUUGCCUUGGUGACCAACAUCCGCGGCUGCCCGACAGUCACUAUGCGGAUAGUCAACGAGCGGCCGUUCAGCUCCCUCUUCGACGUGACGUGCCGGGUCAGUGCCCUCGUUAAGGACCCAAAAGCUGGCAUGCGAAUCCUGGCUCCUUGCGAGCUGGAGCGCAGCACAAACAUGAUGUUUCGCGCGGUUUGGAAUAUCCUGCACCGCUUGGACGAGAAGAGCCCUUUAUACGGCCUCGAUGAGCACAACUUUGCGGACAAAUUCCUCGCCUUUGUGGUGCAAAUUGAAGGCACGGAUCAGACCUACAUGCAGAAGGUUUUUGCUAACAAGUGCUACUACCCCACCGACUUCCGCUUCAACGAGUCCUUCGAGGAUAUCAUGACGAUGGGCACCGACACCAUCACGGUUGACUUGAAGGGGCUCAGCACCACCCGAAAGGUUGCCGAUCGCUCCAAGCGAUUGAGCUUCCUCAGGGCCAACACAUUUUCACUUGAUGAGGCACAGAAGAUCGCAGCCUUGCAAGUGCAGAAGGAUGAAGUGGACGAGGCCAAGGAAGACGAGGACGCAGAGGCAUCAGCAAGCACCAAACCCUCUGACGGGUUCUUGCCAUCAGAGGACUGCAGGGUUACAGCGUCAUGGUGGAGGAAGGUGAUUGCUGCAUUUCGUCAUGGACGGUCUGUAUGA